CUCUCUCUCUCUCUCUCUCUCUCUCUCUCUUCGUAUUUGAGUGUGUGUGUUUACUGUGUGAAAAAUAUUCUCUCCUCAAUCGGGUAACCAUCGUCUGUGAACUACUGUUACCAAGAUUCAAGGAAAACCAGAUAUUCAUGUGAAUUCAACGGAAUAAAAGUUGAAACUUUAGCAAUAAUUCAUGAACUACCGGGUUGUUUUUCUUGGGUUUCGUCAUCUUUGAAGAACAUUUGAUGAAUCACAUGGUCAUACAUCAUCACCGUCUUCAUCCAUCCGUUUAUCUAUUUUUAGUAGCUUCUGUUCUUCUUAUCAACUUAUAAAUCAGUUUGGCGACAAAAAAUGAUGUCUGGUGAUGGGUUCUCAUCGUCUCCUUCUCUCACAGCUUUCAUCCAUGACCCCAUCACAAACCCUAACCCUAAUUCGUCAAGUUCAGCCAAACGAAAACGUAAUCUGCCUGGUAACCCAGAUCCAGAUGCAGAAGUGAUAGCGUUGUCACCCAAGUCUCUAAUGGCGACGAAUCGAUUCGUGUGUGAGAUAUGCAGCAAAGGCUUUCAGAGAGAUCAGAAUUUGCAGCUUCAUAGACGAGGACACAACCUGCCUUGGAAGCUUAAGCAAAGAAACAAACAAGAAGUUGUGAGGAAGAAGGUUUACAUAUGCCCAGAAAAAAGCUGUGUUCAUCAUGACCCUUCUCGAGCUCUCGGCGACCUCACCGGAGUUAAGAAGCAUUUCAGCCGGAAACACGGCGAAAGGAAGUGGAAGUGUGAAAAGUGCUCAAAGAAGUACGCAGUUCAGUCUGAUUGGAAGGCUCAUAGCAAGAUUUGUGGUACAAGAGAGUACAAGUGUGAUUGCGGGACACUCUUUUCCAGGAAAGACAGCUUCAUAACGCAUAGAGCAUUUUGUGAUGCUUUAACGGAAGAAAACUCAAAAACAGCGUCUUUUCCGGUGGUUCAAACCUCCACGAAUCUCAAUUUCCAAAGCGAUUUGAUGAUGAUGAGCGACGGUGAUCGGAUAGGGAAUCCACGGUUUCCGGGGAUGUUCGGCGGGUUACAAAAAAGUACGGACGGGAACGGGAUAAGACCCCGAUUACCUAGUUGGUUACACCACCAUAACAAUAAUAAUAUGAAUCACCACGAAAACCCGACAACCAACUCAUCUUUUUUGGGGUCAUCGAGCUCGAAUAACAACCAUGGCGGGAUCGGGAUAUUAUCAUCAGAAAUGAUGCAGUGGCUGAGUAGAAGCCAUGAUUCAGUUGAAACUUUUACACAACUACCACAGGGAUUAUCCUUGAAAGAGGAGGAAGACAACAACAAAGGGGAAAUGCAGCUGAAUCCUUUGUAUAGUACUUACGAUGGUUGUCCUAACAUGCCACCGCCCCCGCCUCAUAUGUCCGCCACCGCCCUUUUACAGAAGGCGUCUCAAAUGGGGUCCACAAGAAGCUGUAACAACUCCGGCGGUUUUGGGCUGAUGGGCACAAGCGAACUCUCCGGGUUUAUUUCUUCAAACCAAAACAGAAACAAUGGCGGUGAUCAUAACAUGAAUGAUGGGAUGAUGAACGGCGACGGACUGAUGAUGAUGAUGAUGAUGGCGGAAGUGAAGCAAAACUCCGGUGAGGGAAAUUUGACCAGGGAUUUUCUUGGUAUGGAACAAGAGCUAAUCAACUUCAGUUGUUCGAUGAACGAUCCAAGCAUAGGAUUCAGUGGAAGUCAAUGAGAGUUAAUGGUUUGGUCAUGAAUCAUGAUAAAGUCAUAAAGUACGUUCUGAUCACCAUGUUAAAAAACUUCAGUGAAAGCUAGACUCUAUAUGUAUUUUGGAAUAUGAUAAAAGCGAGAGACACAGACAAAAUCCUAUGAAUUGUUAGGGUGAAGGGAACAUGACAAAAUCUAUCUUGGUUAUGUCAUGUCUGAUCUGAUACGAUCGUUUUUUCAUGUACACUUUCAUGACAAUCCAUUUCUUCAGAAGAAAGGUGGCAAUAAUGUGGUA